AAUUACUUCCUUUUUGUAUUCUUUCGAACAUUUUCAGUUCGAAUACCUUUCAUUCCUAUGUAUUUCUUUAAUAAUUGUUGAAAAUAAAAGGCUAUAAAAUAUAUACGUUUCGUUUAUCAAAGGUAACGUAAUUGCAUUGAAUAAAUGUCAAUUACUCACUUUCUGAAGAAAAGGUCGAUUCUUUCAACUACUAUGCAGAUAAAUAGGGCGUUUAUUAUUUGGAUAAAAGAGAAAAGGAGAAUUGUUAAAAAAUUACCUCUAUUUUGUGUAUCUACAUCUUCAUUGUAGUUAAAAUACCAGUAAAAAUAGGAUAUAAAGAGACUGUAUGUACUAUUUAUCUAUAUUAGUUGAACGUAGAAGGUAAUAAACUACGUACCUCUCCUAUUUCAAAGCUUCCUAAUUUCUUUAUUCCCACACGGUAAUGGAUGUAAGAUAAACGAAGCUCUGGUAAUGGGGUUUCGGACAUAAUUAACGGUCUGUCUAUUACCAUUACGCUGAGUGUAAGAGGAUUAUGAGAGAGAGGAAUGAAACUAGUAUUCGACAUUGCCCGAAUCCGUGCAAUGAGAAAAUUGCUUGUUUACCAAUAGAGUCUAAGGAGAAAGAUAAAGGAAAGAAUUUUCUCGAUCCUCUAAAGGUAAAUGCAAGCCAAGAAGUAAAAAAAUAUGGUUUUGAAUUAUGCUAUAGCGUAUAUAAUAAAUCGAAUAGCGUGAUUAAAAAUUACUAUGAACAUGACCGUGAAUGGCCCUUUUUCAAGUAUGUUUUCAUUCUCUCUUUAUCCUCACCUCUUUCUUUUUUUUCCCUUAUGAUCUUUUAAAAUUGAACAGAAAAUCUUAUAGCUAUUUUUUUUAGAGAUUAUCAUUCAAAAUUCUUUAUUAUUGAUAAUAAAACUGAGGUUACGUUGUUUGACAAACAAGUGUUUUGUAUGUGCAAAUUUGGCUACAAAGAAAUAAGCCAAUACAAACGGACUGUUUGCUUUCCAGAUGAAAAAAUACAAGCGACGAAAGGUUGCAAGCGUCCUGACAAAGGAGAUGGCAUUGAUGAUGGAUGUGGAUUAGGUGGCAAGUGCCAAAUGGUGAACGAUAAACCUGAGUGCGUUUGUCAUGCUUCAUACACCGGCAAGUUUUGCGAAACGAAAAUUGAUAUUUGCUCCGAAAUUGAAAAACCUAGUCAUCAGUUUCAUAAUCUUAAAUGCCAAUAUGGUCAAUGUCAACAUUUCGUUCAGUCCAGAUUCGGGUUUCGUUGUAUAUGUAAUGGUAAAGACGGUAUGAUUACCAGAAGGACUGCUGGUAACGCUUGGAAUUUGAAUCCAUCUUGUGAGGAUGUUAAUGAAUGCCAACCGGAAGAAACUUGCGAAAAGAAUGGAUUAAAUUGCUCAGGUACGAGUUCAACAGACGGAAGGGAUUCUCCGACUUGUAGCUAUCAAGGUGUAUGCAUCAAUACGAUAUCUUCUUUUAAUUGCUCUUGUAAUCCGGAUUACAGUGGUAGGACAUGUAAUAGAUAUACCGGAGUAAUUCCCCAAUGGUCUAGUUGGGAAUCUACCGACGAAUGUUGGAUUCCUGCCGAUAAAGAUUGUUUUAAUCCGGGAGAUCGAUUUAGUGAAAAGCAAAUUAGAAGGUUAAUUUGUCGGAAAAAAAGUGAAAUGGGAUCCCAUCCUUGCACUCGAAAAGAACUUGAAGAAGGGCCAGAAACGAAAGGCAAUUACAUUGACCUUGUACAAUAUAAACAAAAUAAGAAUAUAGAUUGUUCGGCUUUUAAUCAAUUACCACGCUGUUCGAAUGUCGUUAAUUCAGGAAGAUACGAUCCUGAGCUCAUUAGGAAGCAUAUUCGAAACGUUUUAAACGGUAUGAAUAGUGAAGUUGAUCUGAAAAAUUUGACCGAUCUUCCUGAAGAUGUAUACGAUCCUUUCAUAGAAGGCCCAAUUAGGCAUUAACAUCAAAGGAGUUUUGAAUUAGAAGCAAAUGGGUUAAUUCUCUUCAAAAGCUACCGCCAUUUUCUCUUCAUCAUCACUUAAAUAACCCGCCUUUUUUUUAUCUACACCAUCGAAUUUCAGAAAGAAAAGAGGGAAUAAUUGAUAAACUUCCCAUAUGAAAGCAUUAUUUAUAAUAAAAUGUUUGUCUUAUUUGUCAGAAACGAUUAUAUUAAUCGUUUGGGACUAGUUUUUUAUAUACAUAUAUAUAUAAAAAGAAGUCGGAUUAAAUAAUAAAAAGUUACAAAACAUUAUAUA